UACUAAGCGCGCGUUAUGGCACAGCAGCAGCAACAACAACUACAACAGCAACACCACACUAACAACAGCAGCAGCAACAACAACAACAGCAUUCUCCUCCUUCAGCAACAGCAGCCCCAACAACAACAACAACAACUAGAUCAACUACAGCAAUACAAUAACAAUUUGUAUAGCCAAAAUUAUAACAUGGAGGAGUACGAGCGGCGAAAAAGACGUGAGCGUGAGAAAAUCGAACGACAGCAGGGCAUACAGAUCGACGAUCGGGAGACUAGUCUAUUCGCGGAGCCACGACGGCUGACCGAGGGAGAUGCGGAGAUUACCGCCGCCCUGGGCGAGUUCGUCGAGGCGCGGGUGUACAUCAAUAACCAGACGGUGGGGAUCAGUCGAAGUGCGCCCGGCGCCGGCAAUCCGCGCCUGCAGGCGCCACUGCCGCCGCCAGGUGCCUUCAACCUGGGCCAUUCACCCUCCUCCGCAUCCGCAUCCGCCUCCGCCUCCUCAGCAGCAGGGUCCAAUUCCGCAUCCGCAGGCUCAUCGCUGCCCGGCCAGCAGCAACAGCAACAUCAGCACUACCAGCAACAACAGCGACCGCCGACAUAUCUAAAGCAGGCGGACAACAAACCGCCGUACAAUGGUCGCGGUGGCUAUCCGGGGCAGCCCAUGAAGAACGACAUACCGUCGAGUAGUGGCAUGGCCCCGCCACGCGGCCCGCCCAGAUCCAGUUCGAGCAACAGUUCCAGCAACUCGUCCAGCGCCACAAACAACAAUGCCAGCGGCGGCGGCGGCGGAGUCCCGGCCAGCAGCACGCCGUUGGGGCCACCCCUAUCCACCCAGAUGCCCAAUGGGCGGGAAAAGUCCUUUCUGGGGCCACUACCUCCAGCGCUGCACAAUGGGACCGGCGGUCGGUUUGUACCGCCAGCGGCCAGUAAGCGACCUGCAGCGGGUCCACAACAACCCCCACCACCGGAGAUUCUCAACAAGAUAUUCAGCGAUAUAGCCAAUAACUUCGGGGUGAAAGGUCUUAAUCCCAUAGCGGCCACGCCGCAUGCGCCAACACGCGAAAACUACAACCUGACGGCGCCCAAUAAACAAAAAUAUGCCAUCGAUAUGAUCGGCUCACCACCAUCAUCGGAUCCCUCGUCACUUUUCCCGCCCAUUGCGCCUAUUGCCUCGCCCAUCGCCCCGCUGUUAACGACACCGCCACAGGCCAGCCAACUGCCCCUGGGCGGAGCAACAGGUGGGACGACGUCGGUGAUUGAGCCUCUGGCGCCGCUGCACCAACUGCCACCCACUCCGCCCAAGGCAGCCUCCGUGGUCACGUCGCCGGCACUGGCCAAGCCGCUCAAAACGGAAAAGAAUCACUCGCUGGAGAAGCAAGACUCCUGCCUCGAGAACGACCUGGAAUUGUCCGAAUCGGAAGAUGAGCAGAGAAAGAAGGAAGGACGAUCGGCGGGCAACAGCAGCAACAGCUCCGAGUCCGAUUCCAGUGAGUCGGGCAGCGAGUCAAGCAGCAAGAACGAUCUGCAGCACCAUCCCAAUCACCAACAGCAGCAGCAGCAUCUUCAACUGCAGCAGCAGCAGCAAUUAUCCCUCCAGCAGCCGCAAGUCCUCCAGCAGCAGCAACAGCAUCGGCCCCAACCACUGACGUCCAAUGGGGCACAGAAUAAGAAGUAUCGUCAUGAGAUCAUUGCCCGUGGCAGCAAUACAAUAACCGGGCUGCUCAGCUCUAGUGGAUUCGGAAGUGGCGGCAGCGGCAGUGGAGGAUCAUCCGUUGUCAACUCCAAUGCAGUUGUAGGCCCAGGAAGUGGUUCGGGUGGCCCUUUGAGCAGCGGUGGCAGCUCCUCGAACAAGACACCCUCGCCAACGGAGAGCAACAAAUGGAAUCUGAGUCGGUUUUUCCACAAGCCUGCCAAUCAAACGAAUUCCGAAAGCGUCUCGCCCGGCAAUGUAAGCAUGAAGGUGCCGGGUAUCCUGCCAGGUGGAGCACAAAUCAUACCCGAAUCCAUUGAUGUGACCACGGCGAUUGUUAAGAACGAGAAGAUCCAUGACGAUCACAUGGCCAUGGAGGAGGGCGAAGAGGAGGAUGAGGACGAGGAGCAGCAAUUGCGCUAUGGAGGUGGCCUUAGUGUCACACCGGUGGCGGUGAAAAAGGAGGCCAUCGAUGCUGUUUCGGAGAUGGCACUAGGAGCGAUACCAAAAAUCAAACGAGAGUCAGCGGAGGCAGUAAUCUCUGCCCGCCUCUCGGAUUCCGGGACCAGCGCCAGUGGCAGCUCCUCGAGCGGAAGCACCAGCUCGGACAGUGCGGCUGGUGGCGAGGUGGUGCCUAUGCCGGGUCCUGGAGUAACUCUUCAGCUACCCGGUGUUCCGGCCGCCAUCACAACGGUUACGCGAGUGCCACCGACGCAGUCACAGAAGGCACCGCCGAGCAAUAGCGUCACCCUCACGCCCAUCCUGCCGCUACCCACGUCGCCCAAGCAGCGGCAAAAGAAACCGCGGAAAAAAAAGGCGGUUACAAGUGCCCCCAUUCUGGACUCCAGCGAUGACGAUGAGCCACCGCCCAAGCAUCCGGGUCUGGAUCAUUCAGCGGUUUCAGUUCAAACCCAACCUGCGGCUGAUACGGUGAAAAAGGGACGUGGACGACCCCGAAAGCAGCAGCAGAGCGGUGGCAGUGGGAACCUGAGUAGUGCAUCCGCCGGUAGCAGCUCCCAGACGAAAGGUCCCACGCUGACGGCUGCCAAGAAGCCUCUGGCCAAGACACCGCUGGCCAUGAGCAGGGCGAGGAAACGUGAACAUUCCAGCCAGAGCAGCUCGAACGGCAACACGCCCACCAAGAAGGUGGCCACGCCUGUGCUGGUUGCCGCCGCCGCCCUGAAGCCCACAAGUGUUCAUGCUGGCAGCAGUAGCUCCGACGAGGACAGCUCUUCGAGCGGAGGAUCCAGUUCCAAAUCGAGCAGCUCUACGAGCAGCAGCGACGACACGGAAACCCAGAAUACUAACUGUCGGAUAGUCAAGCUGAACAAGACUGGCGCUGUGCAGAAAAAGGCGCUGCUGGGCAGCGGGAGCAGUUCGCCGAGCAGCAGUGGCAGCGAGCCGGAAGAUCAGGCCAGAAACCAGACGGGAAGUGGUCAGUCGGUGACACAGCAGUUGCCUCCCUACAAGCCGCUUCCGAUGAGUCAGCAUAGCCAGCAGCUGAGCAGUUCCGAGUGCUCCUCUUCGAGUGGCGGCUGUGGAGGCGGCGGUGGAGGCAGCAGCAGUAGCGGCGAGGAGGAUGAGGCACGGCGGGAAAAGGAGCGCGAACGGAAGUCCAAGAGCGAUAAGAAUAAGAUUAACACGCUGACGAGGAUCUUCAAUCCGAAGGAGGGCGGCGCCAAGAAGCAGGGCCAGGUUGUGAUCGUUGACCUGCAGGAGGAGCAGCAGCAGGGCAAGUUGGAUGCGGCGGCACAGCCACCACAGGUACCAACGGCUGCCGCUGCCACCAUCAUGGCCAAGCCCCGGAUGACGCCCACCCAGCAACAGCAGCUGGGCGCCGGUCUGGCCUCCCCAGCGCGGACAACGACGCCGCAUCUCACCUCCCUCAUAUGCAAGAUCGACCUUAGCAAGCUCUCGCGAGAGCGCAUCAUGCGACUCAAGAAACUCACGCCCGCCCAGCAGAAUGGCCAUCUGACGCCCAAGGAUCAGGCGACGAAUGCGGUCUAUGUGCCCAAUGGCUAUGCUGGUGGUGACAUGAAUUCCGCCGCCAAGGUCAAGCACGAGCAUCCGGUGAAACCGGAGCCCGAGCUGGACGCCGGCUACGAGUCGAAAUUCAAGCCAGGCAACGUGAAGCAAGAGUUCCAGCUGAAGCAGGAGCGCGACCGGGACAGGGAGCGAGAACGGGAGCGGGAACGAGAACGUGAGCGAGAACGGGAGCGUGAGCAACCUCCUCCUGGUCGCCGGCGGAAGCGCAGCUCUAGCUCCAGUUCCAGCCCGUACAAGGAGAAGAAACGGAAAAAGGAAAAGGGUGAUCAGCUACAGAUGGGCAAGGAACUGCUGCCGGUGCCCGUGCUUCUGCCCUCCAACAACCACGAGCGAAUGCCCAAUCACGAUCGUUUAUCCUACGACAAGCUGCAGUUGCUGCACGAAGAUGCCGCUGCAGCGGCUGCUGCUGGUGGCGAUGUGUCCGCUCCGAAUGGCAGUCCGACCAAAAAGCUGCUGGCCAUGUCACCACUACCACCUCCGCCAACGGUGACCGUGGCGCCGGCCACCUGCAACGAGGCUGUGCAGACGACACCGCCCUCGGCCACGACAGCCUCUGCCACAGCGGUCUCGGCUGCAAGAGCUCCUCUGCCAGAGCCUCCCCCGCGUCUUAUCUACCGCUCCUACUUCGAUCGCGAUGUGGAGCACACCAGCGACGAUCCCAGAAAAAACAAUCAAUUCCUGCAGGAGGCCAUCAAUCGAAAGCAUGCCGCCGACUCGGAGCGCGACUCCUUCAACCAGGUUACCUUGUAUCUGGAGGCAGUUGUCUACUUCCUGCUGACCGCCGACGCUAUGGAGCGUUGCAGCUCCGAGCAGGCCACCAAUACCAUGUACAAGGACACCCUGUCGCUCAUUAAAUUUAUCUCCACUAAGUUUCGUCCUUAUCAACAGUCAACGAACGGGCAGCACGAAACGCACAACAAAGUGGCCAUUCUCAGUUUGCGCUGCCAGUCGUUGAUAUCGCUGAAGCUUUAUAAGCUACGGAGGGCCAAUUGUCGCGCCAUCAUUGCCAAUAUCUCGGAAUUCUUUCGCGUUGGCAGGGGUGACAUUGUCAACGGCAACACCCCUUCCUCCAUAUCACCAUCGAACUCGGUAGGCUCUCAGGGCUCCGGUUCGAAUACGCCGCCAGGCAAAAUAGUGCCUCAAGAUAUACACAAUCAGCUGUGCAAGCAGAAUGAGUAUCUGAGUUAUGUGAAUGGUGCUCACGAUUUGUGGGAUCAAGCCGAUCGUUUGGUGCGCACAGGCAAUCAUAUAGAUUUCUUCCGCAAACUGGAUCACGAGAACGGCCCGCUAACGCUGCAUAGCACCAUGCACGAGGUGUUCCGGUAUGUUCAGGCGGGCCUCAAGACGCUCAGGGAUGCCGUGUCGCAUCCAACGCAUCAGUCGCAGUAGCGACAGCGGCAACAUCAACCGCAAAUGCAGCGGAAACGGAAACGAAGACGGAGUCGGCGACGGAAACGGAAACACCACCAAACGUGUCUAAAUGAAAGUCAGGCCAAAUUAGCAACUAUUAUCUACUACAAGCUACUAAUUUAGUUAGUCAACAAAAGAAAAGGAGUAACGAAAGAGAAGAAAUCGAAACCAACAACCUUCCAACAGAACGAAGAUAACCACAACAACAACAACAGAAACAAAAAAACAACAAGAAAUGAUUUGUUAUUAAUGUAUAAUUUUUAUAUGUAUGUAUUUUGUAUAUGCACACCAUUUACUUAUUUCCUUAUGCUCAAUUUUCAAUUGUUUUAAGCAUGUUAAGCUUUAUAUUUAUGCCUAGUUUUAAUUGAUAUUACCACAAACAAAAAACAACAACAAACACACAUUAAAAGUUAUAUUAGCUAUACGUCUAGUCUGUAAGCUCAAAA